UAAUAAUAAAAAUAAAAAAGCGAAAACAAACUUAAAAUCUCUUUACACGAAUUGUCGCGGACUGUGAUAUGAUAUGCAUGUUUGCGUUGUGUAAGGUCUGAAUUUGAAAGAAGAGAGAGACAUGGAAGCCGCGAUGGGACUGAUGCGGAGGAUUCCGCCAAAACACACGGAAACUGCUCUCUCUGCACUUCUCAGCCUUAUGCCUAACAACUCCUCCGAUCUCCUCGCUCAAGUCGAUCAGCCUCUCCAGGUUCUUUGCGAUGUGGAAUGCGGGAAGGAGUUCAUUUUGUGUGAAUACAACAGAGAUGCAGACUCUUACAGAUCACCUUGGUCAAAUAUAUACCAUCCACCAUUAGAAGAUGGGUCCCUUCCUUCUUUAAGGCUGCGGGAGCUGGAAGUUGAAGCAAAUGACAUAUUUGCAAUAUAUCGUGACCAGUAUUAUGAAGGAGGCAUUUCGUCAGUUUACAUGUGGGAAGAUGAUAAUGAAGGUUUCGUAGCAUGCUUUUUAAUAAAGAAAGAUGGCUCAAAGACUGGGCAGGGUAGACGGGGAUAUUUAGAGGAAGGAGCAUGGGAUGCUAUACAUGUUAUAGAGGUGGGACCAGAGGAUGAAAACAACAAUUAUCGUUUGACCAGCACAGUUAUGCUGACUCUGACUACAGAUAACGAGUCAUCUGGAACUUUCAGUUUAUCUGGAUCGAUUAGACGUCAGAUGAAUAUGAGACUAUCAGUUGCCGAUGGACAUCUUUCUAACAUGGGAAGGAUGAUUGAAGAAAUGGAGAGUAAACUGAGGAACUCACUAGAUCAGGUGUACUUUGGGAAAACAAGAGAAAUGGUUUGCACACUGAGACCACCUUCUGAAGUGUCCCAGAUGAGAAUGCCCGAGAGCUGAUGUGCCGUUGCAUGGUGUAACAGAGAGAAAUUACUGUUUCCUUCGUAUGUUUUGGGUUAUUGGCUGGUAACUUGUGUCACAAUAUUUGCAGUAGGUAGUUUUACUACGGUUGGUGGUUCGGAUGGCCAUCUUUUUAUAGAGGUAGUUGUGUGUGUUGUUUGAGUGCCAAUUGUUGCUUCUGUAGUGGAUAAGCAUCAUGUUUGUUGUUGAUACUUGAAUGUUCAACGAAACAGUGAAAUCCCCAAACUUGUUCUCACGAGAAAUGCCCCAUAUGAUGGAUUAUUUUAUCA